AGCCGAGCCUUAAACGCAGUUGAUCUGACCAAUUAAAUACCCGGAGGCUGUUUCAGCGGGAGGGGUCUUCCCUACGUCGACUCUUUUUAUUUUCUAUGACCUUAUAUUACACUUGGCAGGUAGACAACAAAAAUCAACGGCUACUUCUGGGACAUUGAAUACUUUCUCCUGGGCACAAGACGGGAAGAGUCACCACGACUGUUGGAUUGAAAAAAAUACACGAAAAAGGAAUAAUGUCGGGGAUCAGAGGUUCUGUCAAUUUGCUACGGGUCGCAGUGAGGUCGCAGAUCGUCUCCAAAGCCACCCUGUCGCACAAGCCUGCGAAGCACCAACUAUCCGUUGGGGAGCAAGCCAUUGCGAUGACAGCCUUUUUUAUCACCAUCCUGGGGCCCUCUGGUUAUGUCCUGGCUCACAUGGAGAACUACAAGCACCACUCCUAAGUGGACCUGUCCUGGCUGGCCCCCAGGCCACCUCGCCUGUGCAUUACUCCAGAUGACGUCUCCGGAAGUCUCCUAAACCCUUUUUAUGAGUGAUGCUUCUAUUUAAUGAAUGUGCCAAUAAAUGAAUGUCCCAAUACUA